ACACUUGCCUGAAAUCAGCAUCAGCUUCGGCGUCAUCAAAAUCAAAUAAUUCAGGCCAAGCAGACCAUUCAUCGUAGGCCCAAAAUUAUAGCUAUAUAUUAGCAGAUACAGGAUAUCUUUACUCCUUCCGGCGUGUCAAACAUAGAGAGACAAAUAAAGCCAACUACGUUUCUCCUUCUCUAAUCGAGAAGAGCGACAGGGAGAGAGAUUGUUGAAGUCGAGAAGCUGAAUGAAGCCAAUAUUAUCGUAUAUCUCAUGUUCGUGUCCUUCAAGAAUCUUUCGUUGUUGGGUGCUUUUCUAUUCCUUCUUUGUGUUCGUUUCGCCUCCAGCCGCUUCUGAGCAUCGAGUUGCGGGUCGAUUCUGAGCUUGAGGGUUUCCAUAUUGAGUUCCUCUUGCUUCUUGUGACCUGGAAUAUAUCAGGGCAAUUGUUUGUGCAGCCCAUAUGAAGAGAAACAUAAAUGAUAACUUGGCGAAUUACUGAAAGAAAACUUGUAGAAAGAAUAUGCACCCCUGUAGCAAAAUUUUGAAAGGUCUCAAUGCGCCAACAACAAUGAACAUGUAUCCUGCUUUAUCUAUUCAGAUAUCAGGCACGGAUCAACUCAGUAACUUGGGGGCUUCUGGAGCUAUGUCUUCAUCUUUUCCAGUUGUCCCUCCCUUUGUUGAUGACAAGUAUUCCAGUUAUCCAGAUUCUUUUUGGGUUUCCCCAGAAAGGGAACUGAUGAAAAAUCCCAUUUCCAGUCAGGCUUCUGCAAUAGCUUUUAACAGCAGUGUUGAUGAGCACUUGUUUACGUCAUCCACUGGAUUACCCAGUGACACUCAUUUUUCUUCAGUUUCACAUGGAGGGCAUUCCCGAAUUUCCCCAUUUAUUUCACAGUCAUCAGCUGAGAGGGAAUCAUUUCUGCCAACCCAUUCCUCUCAUUUGGGUGUACAAUCUACAGCAUUGAUUAAUAACAAUGAUGGGAGUCAGGAUAUUUCCUGGUGUACAGAUCCAUUUCAGGAUUUUCUUAAUUUUCCUGCAUAUGCAUCUGCUGAGAAUAGUCAGGUGGAAAGUAGUACUGGUGUCGUAGCAUCUGAGUACCAUACUAGGAGAGAUGAUUGGCAGUGGGCCCGUGGAUGGAUUAACUCUGAGCUGGAGCCAGAUUGCAAUGAGCUUCCCAAUGUUAGUGUGGUAGAUCCCAAACCAAAGCAACCCCAAAUUCGUGUGCAGCAGCCAGCACCACCUGUGGAAUUUCAAAGUGUUGAUAAUGCGAUGUCCACUGCACCCCCUACGAAGUUCCGAAUGCGUUGGACUCCAGAACGUCAUGAGGCCUUUGUCGAAGCUGUCAAUCAGCUUGGUGGUAGUGAUCAAGCUACUCCGAGUGCUAUAAAGAUCCUCAUGAAUGUUGAAGGCCUGACUAUCUUUCAAGUGAAAAGCCACCUGCAGAAGUAUAGAACAGCCAAAUUCAAACCGGAGUCAUCAGGAGGAACUUCAGAGAAAAUAGCAACUUCUAUUCAAGAAGUAAAAUCUCUGGACCUAAAGACGAGUAUGGGAAUCACUGAAGCAUUGCAGAUUCAGAUGGAACUUCAGAAGCGGCUUCAUGAACAACUAGAGAAUCAAAGACAGCUGCAACUGGAAAUUGAAAAACAAGGGCAGCAUCUUAAAAUGAUGCUUGAGAAACAGAGGAAAAUGGAAGAUGACAGGAUUAAGGCCUCAACUUCUGCCUUGGAUGAUCCUUCUGCUCCACUCUCAAAUAUAGUGCAACCAUCCCCUGUGCAUGACAACCCGGAAACCUCAAAAUUGGAUGAACUUAAAUCAGGGCCAGGAACCAGUCGUGUCAAUGCCACACCUGAAGACAGCUCCUGGGAUGUGAGUAGGAAACAAAAGGCACAUGAAAGCGAAGAUGCCAAGGAUCAAGAACCAGGUUGCACUAACCAUACUGGUCCACUGACAAAACGAGCAAAAGCAGAUCAAAUAGCAGCGCCCUCAACCGAAUUUUGGUCUGAUGAAAAUCUUUUUCCAUGACGUUUUGCUGCCACUGGAACUUGGAGAGUUGGCCUGGUAACGUGUAUUUAAGCAGUAGGCUGAAAGAUGCCAUCUGAGCCAGAUGUUUCUAUUUUUUUUCCUUUUUUUGUAAAUUAUGGCAUGUUUUCUUCAUUUAGAAAAGAAACGGAGGUUCCAGUACUGAUGAUAUUAGUAUCCUCUGUUUCUGUCCUUGGUUAGUGGCUAAAUGCACCAAAAAAUGGAUUUUCUGUUAAUUUAUAGGAAUUUAUUUGUGAUCUUGCAACGUUUGACCUUUACCAUAAUACUUGCUAGUUGUAGACCCGUGCAAUGCAGGGGAAUAAGAAAAUAUAUAAUCUUUUGAUUUUUGAUUUUUAAA